GUGCACAUGGCAGCAUGCGGUAUGGGUGCUUCGCCACAAUGCCUCCAGCCCAGCUGAUGCCUCGCAGUACAGCUCUGCAGUCCACAUCUGCGGCAAGGCAUCUUGCUGGCAGCAGGCUCUCUUGGUCUUCAGCGACAUGUCGCAGCGCGGGCUCCAGCUCACAACAGUGACCUACAACGCGACCAUCGAUGCCUGCGGCAGGGCCAAGCGGUGGCAAGCUGCUGUUUCGCUGUUUGCAGCUCUGCGGUGCGGCUCGUGUCAGGCCAGCAUCGUCUCUUACAGCACUCUGGUGAGCGCCUGUGGCCGUGCAGGCGCAUGGGAGGUGGCGCUCGGCAUCUUGGAG